UCCAUAUCUCCAUCCCAUCGGCCGACCCAGAGGCGUGGAUCCCCGCGCCGCCGCCGUCCGCCCUCACGAGGCGGGUUCGGUGCUUCUCCUUUAACUCGGCUGUCGUGCAGCGGGAUGCAGCGUUCGCGUCCCGCCAAACAUGCGCCGCGCGGACGUUUCUAAUAAUAGCCGAUCCUCGUUUUCCCGCGCCGCCGCGCUGCAUUAUGAAUGCCCUUGGAACGGCGUCCCUUCCGGAUAGCAGCGUGGGAAUCUAGCGGCCGAGCAUCCCCGGGAUCGAUGCUCCAGCAUCCCGCCGCGCGCCCGUGACCGUGACAGCAUCUCUCUGCGCGCAGGCCGGCCGGCUGCGGGGAUGCGCUCCUGCGCGUGACGGAUCCAGCUCUGCGGGGCCAUGCGGGAGUACAAGGUGGUGGUGCUGGGCAGCGGCGGGGUGGGCAAGUCCGCGCUCACGGUCCAGUUCGUCACCGGGACUUUCAUAGAGAAGUACGACCCGACCAUUGAGGAUUUCUACCGGAAGGAGAUCGAGGUGGACUCGUCCCCGUCGGUGCUGGAGAUCCUGGACACGGCGGGGACCGAGCAGUUCGCCUCCAUGAGGGACCUCUACAUCCGGAACGGCCAGGGCUUCAUCCUGGUCUACAGUCUGGUCAACCAGCAGAGCUUUCAGGACAUCAAACCCAUGAGGGACCAGAUCAUCAGGGUGAAGAGGUGGGACAACUUUUUCCGCAUCUGAACACUCCAUUUUAAUAUUUACACGUCACUUCUUCAAAUCUAAUUCAUUUAGGGGUACCCCCUGGAUCUAGUGUAGGACAUGCUAGGUUAUGUUAAUUACAAUUACAGAUGACAACAUACUUUCUAUGAAAUGUGUGUCCUAUUCAUAUAAAGUGCAAUUAAAAACCAAAAAUUAAGGAGAAACAUUUGUAAUUACAUUAAAAUCAGAACCGCUUUAAAACUAAAACGAUUAUUUAAAUUGGUCUGAAUUAUUUAGAGGAUAAACAUGAAGUAAAACUGAAGUAAAAAUGUUUUUUUUUUAUUAAUCUUAAGUGCAAAAAUGAAUAAAUAAUCAAUUGAAGGGGAAACUUGUUUGUUUGUAACAUUAAAAUCAUUGCAAUCUUAAAACUAAAACCCUAAAAACUUGUACAUUUAUCCCCAAAAACUCCACAGAGGAUAAAUAUUCAUGGAAAGUGCAAUAAAAAAAAACAUGGUUA